UUUACCUCAGUGUUUAGUGCCACUUUCACGUUAAGAGUUUUGGUUCAAUUGGAAGAAGUUCGCUUGCUGUAUAGUCGAAUUUUUACAAUGAUGUCACAAGCCAAUAUAAAUGACGUCUCCGCCAGCCAACCUCUCAACCCGCAACCUCAUUACAAAACACGCCGCGUGGCAGCAGAAACAAACCGUCAGCAGGCCAAAAUUUCUAAUUCUGAUGAGAAUGAAGAUCAAUCUGCACCAUCGCCAGCAGGUACCAAGACACGGCUCAAGAAUGGGACCAAUGUUAAAAAUCGAAAAAAGGACCGCACAAAUCAACAGGAGCCACAAAUAAAGCAAGUUCUCAACUAUUUCACUGAAAAUCUGCCGAGUAUGCUUCAAAUAAUAAAUGAGUCUCAGGGGACCAAAGAGACUGAGGAUUCUACACCAGAGACUUGGAAGAAUAAGUUGAAAGAUUUUCCAUGGAAAAUGACCUCACUGAAAUCAGCAAUAAUUGUGUUGCUGGCCCUCAUCUUCAUUACUCACAAGUGCGACGUCAAUAAAAGUUGCUACGUCCACAUUAAGAUUCCGGCCAACUCGGCGGCAGUGAUCAACUUCAUGAACUCAUUGAGCGAAGCGGUGCAUAUAAUCAAAGGAAAGGUUAAUAGUCCUGAUUCAAAUGAGAAGGUCAAAACUUCUGGAGCCAGCAACGAUAGCAAUGAAGAAACGUCAGUUAUCAAGUGGUACAUUUUGGGAGACAACAAUGUUGAAUUCCAAUUCGAAGAGCGCCACCAGAGAGAAAUGGAAAAUGCGUACUUCAAUGGAGAACAAAUCUACGCCUUUUACGGGCCAGAGAGAGAAAUUUUUGAGGUCAACUUUUCUAAACAAUCGCUUAUCAAGAAAAACGACCCUUUCUACGUGAAAAGAAUAAAGCGCAGGAUAAUCACAAAAGGUCCUGAAUGGAAUCAAUUUGGUCCAGUAGUCACUGACUUCAACGACGAGAAAAUUCAUAAACCAAAAGCAGCCGACUUUCAACCACCCUCUAUGGACGAUUUGUAGAAUAAAAACUAGAACAAGUGUUUUAGAAAAGAAGUAAAGAAAAAACUUUUUUACAGUU